AUGGAAACUGACACUAUCUUGUAUAUGUUUAGUGAUCUCACUUUUUACAAUUAUGAAACUCUUAUAAGCACAUUGAUCAAGCAAACAAAGUUAAAUCUGCAAGUGAAAACCAAAGGAUAUAUAACAAAUAUAAUUUACUGCGCAAUUAUAAUGAGCCAUAAUUCCUGCUACGAAGCGUAUAUGAAUGGUAGAACGCAAAAUAAUAGAAUUGCAUGCUUUCACGCAAAAGAAUCAAUUUGCACGUUUUCACGCAAGAUGCGUUUUAUCACGCACUGUUAUAAACUGCAACAUUUCUUGCAAAAGUGCACGUUUUCACGUCAUACUAUCUUUUUGCGAGUUUUCUCGCAAAGUUGCGUAAAUCCUCGUACCACGCAACUCAUUUUGGACUUGCGAGGUUUAGCGUUACGUUCACGCAACUUUGCGAGACUACAGAUCCUUAUGAAGGUUAGAAUAACCGCGAGUGAUAGAUUUGACAGAACAAUUCUUUUCUUUUACGGAAUAAUAUUUCAUCUGUAUAUCCGAGACAACAUUGUAUUAGUAAUUGACUUUAUUUAGGAAUAAGAUAUUAUAGUACAGUAUUUGGAUUUGAUUAAAUCAGAUAACUUUAUUUAGCAGAUC